CGGAUAGAUAGGACCUAGGAUGACUCCCCUUGAACUUGACAAGCUGUUUGGUGGGCUACCCUUCUUUCCUAACAGGUUGGUUAACCAAGGGAGGUAAAGAUGCCGGACGCAGAUGAAAUUGAGCGGGGCCCGGCCGCUACGCCGGAAGGCAUUGUCAAGGUCCUUGAGAAAUGGAAGUUGGCACGGCUACAAGUGUCGAAAGUUAACAUCUUCCUGUUUGAAGGGGAGAGAGUGUCUAAGUGGUUGGAGCUGCUGGAACAAGUUACAACCGAGGUAUCUGAGGCAGAUAAGUUCAAGGUCCUACCCAGAUAUAUCUGGUGGGAAAUCCGGCCCAAGAUUAUGAAAAUCGCUGUUGGAGCAGGGGGAGAUUGGGCCAAAUUCAAAGGGGAGAUGCAAAGGCGGUUCAAGUUAGGGGAUGACGUGUUAACCAAGACGGAUCUAGAGAUAUUGCAGCGGGAUAAGUUCUCCACGGUGGGGGCGUUCACGACGACAUUCAAAAAAAUGGCAAGGAAAGUCUCAGGGUUGGCUGAAGAAGAGAAGUGUGUAACCUUUUUUGGGCACUUUAAGAAUUGGGAAGCCUCUGCGCUAACCAAGAAGGCUGCGCCAGGGAAGAAGCUGACUUGGGCCGCCAUAAAAGAGGGCGUGUUAGAGGGAGAGUUGGACCAAGUAGAUAUCUUUCAAAUGCCAAAGGCUAGGAAGAAGAGGAAAGCCUUGGAUGCCACGACGAGUGACGGACGCGACUUCAAGAAGAUGGUAGAGGAUGCUGUGGCCCAACUCGAUGCAGAAAAAGAGGCAAAGGCAGCAAGAAAGACUAUGGCGGCACCACAGACCAUAGGAAAAACGAAGAAGGCGGUGGUGCCAGAGGAGGAAGAAGAAGAGGAAGAGGAGCCAGAGCCUCUGAAGAACGAUGAAGACGAAGGAUUAAUCAGCACCAACUAUGAUGGGGACAUGUACGACAAAUUUGGGCAUUACCUUGACCCGAAGAUCCCUGGCGGAACGAGGAAGGAGGCCUUACGAAGAGUGGAGGCCGACGCGCCACCUGCUCCUCCGGCUACGUUCCGGAUGUGGCAAGAGAAAGAGGUCCGCUGCGACAUCAAGGUGGAAGAGGUAGAAAAAAACGAGGAAGUGGAGCAAGGACGGAAAGUCGGCACCAUCAAGGAAGAGCCGAUUAUAGUGGAAUCGGAUGACGAGAUAGAGGAGGACUACUGGAACGAGCCACAACACGCAAAGAUAGGAGAAGACUGCUGGAGGGAAACCCGACAGACAAUGGAGAGGAUGAAGGACUUAGUUGCUAAAGUCGGGAGGUACCAACAAAAACUUACCGAUAUGUGUACAAUGGUUGAGGAGUGGAGAGGUAAGGAGCCGCUGGUGUACCUCUAUGAUAUGGGUCCAGGAUCACAAGGUGGAUCUGGAAGUUUACCAGGCGUCACGACUUCAGGACCGGCGCCUCGGUCCGACAUGGCUUAUAGGCCACCCUCUAGGACGGGGAGGGUAACACAUGCUGUCAGGACAAGGGCCAAGGGGCCGGUGAGCCCCAAGGAGCCGGCGAAGGAUGUUCCUGAGCCCCUUGGGGAAAAAGAGGUUGUGGAUGUUCCAGAGGGAGAGCAUGAUGAGGACGAUAGGCUGAGGAAAGAAGAGGAUGAGAAGGUUGAGCAAAGAGUCAAAAAGAGGGGCGCCAAGCCUGAUACGGAUAAGGCCUCAGCGGAAGAGGCGGUCAGGGAUACGGUAUUAGAUCAGGAAGAGGUGGCAGAUCAGGAAGAGGGUGACAAUGUGAUCCACGAGAGGGAAGAUGAUGACUUUGAAGAAGGAGAGAUUAGGGAAGCGUUUCGAGCAGAGGAAUAUGAAGGAGUAUACCUCGAACUGGGAAUGCUUCUGUCGUGUGAACGAAGGAGUCUGAAAAAGAGAAGGAGGGAGCCAGAGGUGGCUGAAAGAAUGACUUUUGAGCAGGGCAUGUCUUCAGCGACUCAGAGGAAGGACAGGAGGAAGGAGCACAGAUCCCAUAGGCACGAAAGAGAAGGAGAGUUAGGUGGUCCAGGAGUGCCUCCACAGCCUGCUCAGAUGGAAGUGGACUGUCCUAUGUCAGACAUAGAGCCAGACAUACCUCAUGAGCCACAUGUGCAGGAGCACAAGGAAGAGCAAUGUCCCCAGGAGAAGGAACUGGACAGGAAAGAGAGGGCGACAAGGGAUCAGGAGAUCAAGGUUCAACUCAGGAUGAAGAACCUUGUUGAGCUGCAUAAGAGGAUGCAGCAGGGGAAAGAGCCUGAGGAGGUGGAUGACAAGAGUGGAAAUGACACUUGCACUCAGGAGGAGGACCUUCCCCUAUUCUCAGAGGUAUGGGUCAGCUUUGUUAAGCUGAUGGAUGCUGCAGGAAUGUAUGAAGGGCAUCAUCAGAAGAUGGGGGUCAAGUUGGUCUCUACAGACCUACUCAACCUGAGGGGCAUGAUGAAGGAAGGCUUUGCAGCGGCCAGAGCUUCAUAUCAGAAGGUUGGAGAGAAGCUGAUGAAAGUGGCACAAAAGGUCCAAGCAUUUGAGAUCAGGGAACGACCUGCAGCAGAAACCUUCAAAUGUCACAAAGAAGAAGAAAAGGCGGACCAGCAGGAGGGUGAGGAGAUUCCCCUAAUAGACAAAGAGAUGUUGGAGCCGCAAGAGACACUGGAUGAGAGAGACUCAGAGGUCGGAGGGUUUGAGUGGAGGAUGUCGGCUGGCCUGACGCUUGGACAAGAGUCGGCGAGGCCAGAAGAAAGACCACCAGCCGAGGCAGUGAGAGUUGAGACAGUUCUACAUACAACUCAGGGAGAGACCAUGGGACGACAGGAGGGUCAGGAGAGCGUGGGCCAGACCAUGGUUGAGACUGAGCCGAGAGUGGACUUGAAGGGAUGUCAGAACUCGGCUGUACCUCAGGAUAUGUCUCUGGUGGCAGGUUUGCGGGACGCAUUGGGAUCUUGGGCCACUGGUUCGGGGCCAGAGGGACGUGUCGACGAGCAGGUGAUGCAAGCAGAUGACAGAGCGACAUGCCCCACUUCCCCAGAGGUCCCUCAGCAGGAAGUCACGAGCAAGAUCUCAACAGUCCCGUCAUCAGUACCUUCGCAGGAAGGAGACAAGAUGUCGCAGAAGAAGGUUGGCAAAUGCUUUUAUUGCAAGAAGGGCAAGCAUCGAUCUGAUGACUGCCCCAAGAGCCUCAAGGACGAGGCAAAUGGGAUGGCUAUCAGAGAGUCAUAUGGAGUGUGGAGAGAUAGAAAUGGAGUCCUGGUACCUAAGACUCGUGAUGGGGUGAGGGCGCAGUUGUAUAGGCAACUGCAGGAGGUCACGGGUGAUCAGGAGUAGGAUUUUCUAAUAUGGUCCGGAAAGGACCGAAUCUGGUAUACGCGAGA